AAGGAGGUGUUUGGGCCACCACUUUACCCAGCCCAGGAAGGACUUAGCCUACCUCUCAGCUGGACCUUGCUUUAGCUCUGUGAAUCAAUCAGCAGCAGAAGACUGAUCUACAGAGAGCCACAGGGGGCCACCAAGGGGAGCAGGAGCACUGCUCACACGAGCGGCCCCAGCCGAGGCUUGCUGGCUUCUCCAUCGCCGAGGACAGCAGCACGAUGCUGAGCCCUCAUUUCCCACCCCCACCCCUUGGGCCCAGCGAAGGGACACCUUCCCCCUGCAGCUUCCAGAUCCCUGAUGGGAGAUACAGGUGUCUGGCUCUGGAGGCGGAGGAGAGCAGCAGUGAGGAGGGUCUGCAGGGAGAGAUGGGGCUCACGGACCCAGAAGAGGACAAAGAGGUGCCACAACUGCCUAGAGUCCUGGACACUCGGCCAUCCCGCUGCUCCAGAGAAGUCCGAGGGGGAACCCAGCAUGAUGACGGGUCCAGCCAGGACUGGGACGUGGUGACAGCCCGGAGGGUGAUGAUAUCCAGCCCCAGCCCCAUCCCCGAGCUCAGGGUGGCCCGGAAACCAGCCUUGGGCCGGAGCACUAGCCUCACCGAGAAGGACUUGAAGGAAGCCAAGGCGAGGAGCCAGCAGAUUGCAGCCCAGCUGACCACCCCUCCCAGCCCCAGCUCCCGGGGCGUCCAGCUCUUCAACAGGCGCCGGCAGAGGGUGAAUGAGUUUACCUGGGAGAGCCACGGCCAGAAGGGUCCGAAGCCCCAGCAGGAGACCCUCAGGGAGCUCCCUGCCAGGCCCCCAGGCCAUGCUCCAGGGCUCCACCUGAGUCCACCUGCACCGGCCAAGCCGGGCUUUCCAAGACACCCUAGCCCCCAGGUCCCCAGCCGAGGGGUCCCUGGCCACAGCAUGGAGGGGUUCUCAGAGGAGGCCAGCUUGCUGCGGCACCUGGAGAAGGUGGCCAGUGAGGAGGAAGAGGUGCCGCUGGUGGUCUAUCUAAAGGAGAAUGCAGCCCUGCUGACAGCCAAUGGGCUUCACCUGUCCCAGAACCGGGAGGCCCAGGAGUCCCCACCAACCCCUCCUCCAGCUGAGGUCCACAGUCCAGCUGCAGAUGUCAACCAGAACCUGUCCUCACCUAGCACCACACUCGCCACACCAGCUUCUAACAGCAACUGCAACCCGCCGGCCACAGACAUCAAUGAGAAUCCCCCAGUAACUGUCGUCCCGCAGAGCCCCGCGCUUUCUGGGGUCCAGCAGAAUUCUCCUGCAGCACAGCUCACAACAAAUGGCACGACACCAGAGUCCAAGCCCAGCACCCUGCGUGCUGAUGGGCCACCCCAGGCGCCAGUGGAGGAGGUGAUGUCCAGCGAACUCCUAAUUGAUAAGGUAUCGACUCCACUGACUACCACCAGCAGCUUCUACAGAGAAGCUACUCCCAUCCCCAGCUCCAAGCCUCCAGGUCCAGACUUGAUGUCCAGCGCCCUGCUCAUCGACGUCCAUCCCAGCACCCUAGUGAUGUCAGCAGAGCCCAAGAUGUCUGGGCGGGCACCUGCCACCACGCCCACUAAGGUGUACAGCGAGGUCCACCUCACACUGGCCAAGCCUCUGUCAGUGGUCAACAGGACGGCCAGGCCGUUUGGGAUCCAGGCGCCAGGGGGCACCAGCCAGGUGGAGCAGAGUCCUAUGGUGCAGAGGAGACAUCUUGGGGAGAAAGCCCCGGCUCCCCAGUCCCACACCGUGGCAGACAGGAGUCCCCGGCCCCAGAGACAUGUCAUGUCCUACAGCCCCAUGGUGGGGAGGAGGCUGGUGGGGCAGCGAAGCCCAGCCCUGGAGAGACGGCCCUUGGGGAACUUCACUCCACCCCCCACCUACGCGGAGACCCUGUCCACAGCGCCCCCAGCUUCCCGGGUUCGGUCUCCCCCUUCUUAUUCUGCCCUGUACCCUAGCUCUGACGCCAAACCUUCGCCUCUGAAGGUCCAGGCAGUACCCACCAGCAAGACGGGCAUUUUAGAGGAGUCCAUGGCCCGCCGGGGCAGCCGGAAAUCCAUGUUCACUUUCGUGGAGAAGCCCAAGGUGACCCCGAACCCAGACCUGCUGGAUCUGGUCCAGACCGCCGAUGAGAAGCGGAGGCAGAGGGACCAGGGGGACACAGGCGCGGAGGAGGAGCCCUUCGCGCUGGGCGCCGAGGCCUCCAACUUCCAGCAGGAGCCAGGCCCUCGGGACAGGGCCAGCCCCGCGGCGGCCGAGGAGGCUGUCCCCGAGUGGACCUCCUGCCUCAAGUCGCCUCGCAUCCAGGCCAAGCCGAAGCCCAAACCCAACCAGAACCUCUCGGAGGCCUCCGGGAAGGGCGCGGAGCUCUACGCUCGCCGCCAGUCGCGGAUGGAGAAGUACGUCAUUGAGUCUGCAGGCCACGCGGAGCUGGCCCGCUGCCCUUCGCCCACCAUGUCCCUGCCUUCCUCCUGGAAAUACUCCACCAGUGCCCCUGGGGCCUUCCGAGUGGCGUCCCUGAGCCCCGCGCGGACCCCGCCGGCCUCCCUCUACCACGGUUACCUACCUGAAAACGGCGUCCUGCGCCCAGAGCCGACCAAGCAGCCGCCCUACCAGAUGCGGCCCUCGCUCUUCGUCCUGUCGCCCAUCAAGGAGCCCAGCAAGGCCUCGGCCCGAGUGCCAAGAGCUGCCUCAUCCAGAGUGGCGUCGGCCCGAGCUGCCUCCCCUGCCAAGCCAAGCUCCCUGGACCUGGUGCCCAGCCUGCCCAAGGCUGGGCUCCCACCAUCUCCGGCCCUGCCUCGGCCCUGCCGCUCCUCGCCAGGCCUCUACACCUCCCCUGGCCAGGACGGCCUGCAGCCCGCAGCCGUGAGCCCCACCUACAGCAGCGAUGUGUCCCCCGUGUCUCCCUCCAGGGCGUGGUCUCCCCGAGCGAAGCAGGCCCCCAGGCCCUCCUUCUCUACCCGGAACGCGGGGAUCGAGGCUCAGCCUCUUUGGAUUGUGCACCGCCCCGAUGGACUCAUUCCCCUGACAUGGCAGUCAGUCUGAGGUCAGGCUCUGGCCCACCUCCAAAUGAUGAGGAGCUGCUCACCACUACCCACAACAUGCAAGCCGAUGUGCAAGCCAUUCUAGGCCGUAGUCUUGGCUGAAUUCUCUUACUCCUUCCACGGUUGGACCCGGCAAUCCUCUUGUAACCUUUACAGGCAGAAACAACGCGUUCGAUGUUUAGACAGGUAUCGUAGCUCCUCCUGCUCUAGCCUCCUCUUCUCGCUGAAGAGCACUGGCUUCUCUGCCACAGUGGCUGUCGACUGGCUCGGGUCAUGAGCUCCUGUCCCCACCUGCCCUCUGAGGGUGGCACAAUUGCCGGGUGUUGGGACACGCCUGAGUACCCCUGAUUUGGCAUUUAGCCCCGAAUUCUGGUGUCAGCUUCUAGACCUUAUCUAGUCAUGGGCCUGGCACCUUCUUCCCAAUCUCCUAUCUCUAAGUGCCAGGGUUUGCCACCCACAGUGUCCCAACUGCAGGCUUCCUGGGGUGUAUCAGAGAAGCUCUUGAGGUCUCUUGACUCACGUGAGAAGUCUCAUACUGAGCCUUAACCUCCCGCUCGAAGACUGGAAGCUCCCCUGGAGGUGAUUGGAGCAUUACCAUCCCAUGACAGAGUUCCUGUUGACAUAGUUGCAUAGCAUUCCUCUUUAGGUUUAAGGGCUCUGAUUCUGAGUCAGCUCAUCUAGUAACUGCAGGGUUCUGUUUGGACAAUGUAUACAAUCUUCCUUCCGAUAGAGGAACUAGAUUCUCAACUAGUUGAAUGACUGCUUGGUUAAGUCUGAUGGCUGAUUCGAUGAAAGAAUGGAUUUUGUUGAUGGUUCCAGACUUUGAUUGGAAGGGGGCACCUAGUGGAGGGGUUAGCUCAGGACUCUGAUGGGUGAAUGACUGCUGGUGAACUUGGCGUUGGAUUGGGAGGCCAAGUGGCUGGAAUUCGACUGAGUCAGUAGUUGGAAGGUUUAGAAGACACACACUAAGUGUGGAUUCCCAAGUCCUGUGCUUUCAAACCAGUUAAAACUGGUAUAGUCUUUGAGCAGCAGGCAGUCACACACAAGUUCCUGUGCGCAGCGCAUGCACACGUGCCCUGGUGCAGCAGAACACACUGGGCUGUUACUGACACCUCUGAGCUUCAUUUUCAUCAUUAAUAAAAUGGGUGGACAGUGCCAGUACCUCGCCCAGCUGUUGUGAGGAAUCGAGAGGAUUCCUAUUGUGAGGACUGUAAUGAGGCUUGAGACUAGAACGUCCUUAAGUCGAUAAGAAACAGGUGUGGCAGCAUAGAGCCCAGCAUAACUCAACCUGAAAGACGUCACCAUCUCAGUCCAUGGAGUUCUGCUUUCCUCUCUGUUCGGGCAAGAGGGCUGGCAGGAACAAUCCAACUUCCCUCUGUGUUUCCAUGUAGGUGGGAGCUUCCUCUUUGCUCCGGAAUCCGUGGAAAAAAUGAGGAGGGGACCAUGGCCACAUAGCAAGGGGCUUGAGGCCACGAAGGUCUUUCACUAUGACCAACUUUAAUAACAACAGUUAAGGGGCCAGGGAUUUAGCUCAGCGGUUCAGUGGCCUGCCUUGCUAAGUGCAAGGACCCCAGUUCGAUCCCCGGUAUACCCCCCCAAAAUAAUAAUAAUAAUAAUAACAGUUUAAAAUCCUUAAAUUCAAAGUUUUGGAAGAUAAUACCUCCCUACAGUUCAAAACUCUAAAUAAGUAAUACCUUAGAAAGCCCAAUUUUGUCCCCUGUGGCCCUGUGCCCCGUGCUUCUCUGCCCCGUUUCCUAACAGGUAAACACUUUGGUUAGUUUCAUGUGUAUCCCUCCAGUAACUCUUAACGUCUAUUGCACACUUUCCUCCAAGUAUGCGAAUACAUUUCGAGCUCUUUCAUGCAAGUUAAUUUCUAUGCCUCCCAAGCCUACAGCGCACCCAUUUUGCGAAGGAGAAAACUGAAGCCCAGAGGGAGGAAGCAACUUGACCCGCUCACCCAGAAAGCCAAGAGUCCGUCUCCAAAGCGAGCAUUCUUAUUCUAGCCAGUCUGCCUCCCGGAUUAACGCAGGAGCUGACACUAUAGCUCGAACUCUAAAAUGUUUGGGGCUGGGAGUUGGGUCACCUGCCUUUUACUGUAGGCACUACCUGACUUUGGGUUCUCCCUUCCUGUUUCUCAAGCCAGGGUGUGAAGGCACACACGCCCCUAAACCCAGCACUCUGAAAGCCGAGGCAGGAGGAUCGCCAAGAAUUCGAGGCCAGCCUGCUCUACAGGGAGCCCUUGUCUCAAAAACAGAAAACCCUGUUUUCAGAGGACCGCAACACUAACGCCUGCCCCCACCCUCUACUCUCU